UGCAGGUGAAAGUUCUCAUCAUGAUAGACAAUCCAUGGAAAGAAGAGUCUCCUCUUGUUGGUUCUUCUGAUUCUUCUUUCUCUUUAAUACAAAAUAAUUCUGUGUUUACACAGAUAACUGCCAAGAUCACACCAUAUACUCCUGGCCUACGUUUGUCCUGGAAGGAGAACCCACAGUCCUAAAAUGUCUACAAUACAAAAAUACAAAGCCUUUUGAUCUACCCCUUAACCUGACUUGGAAUAAAAAAGAUUCAUCAACUGUUAUCACUGCAGGAUUCAAGGGGGCAAGAAUAAUGUCACAAGGUGAUGCUGUCUGGCUUUUACCAACCAUUCUUCAAGAUAGUGGGGAAUACAUUUGCACUCGAAGAAGUUCCUCUUACUGCUCUAAAGUGUCAUUGCAUUUAAAAGUUGUCAAGAGAAGUGAAGCCAAUAAUAUUUCCUAUCCUCAGAAGGCAUUCCUGUUUAGUUCCGAAAAGAUAGUUUGUCCUAAUCUAGAAAAUUUUAUACAAAACAAUACCAAUUAUGAACUCAAGUGGUACAAGGACUCUACACGUCUGAACAUGGAUACUAAGAAGUUUGCAGCUCUGAAUGGCACUAAUUAUCUCUUGAUCAAUCCUAUUUCUAUGAAUGAUUCAGGCUAUUAUACUUGUGAAAUGACCUUUGAGUUUGAAAAGGAACAAUAUAAUAUUACCAGAACUAUUCAGCUACAGAUACUUGAACAAAAGAAAAAAAAUAUCCCUGUGAUUGUCAAUCCAGAUGAAAGGAUUACAUCAGCAGCUCUUGGUUCUCCACUCACCAUCCCAUGUAGAGUUUUUAUUGGAGCAAAUGACCAUUCUGAUUUUGAUGUCUGGUGGCUGGCUAACAACAGUUAUAUACAAAACAUUUACCCAGACAGAAGAAUUAAGGAAGGAGAAACUGGGAAAUUUGUAGAAAAUAACAACAGAUCUAUUGAGGUGCCAUUGAUCUUUGAUUCUAUCACAGAAGAUGAUUUUCAUACUGAUUUCAGAUGUGUGGCACAAAAUGGUAGUGGGAAUCGUGUACAAACAGUGACAGUCAAGGAAAAAAAGAAAGACCGCCAGUUGUCUUGGUACUUGGCAGUUACUCCUGUGGCCCUGGCUGUUCUCAUCAUAGGAGGAGUUUACUUAAAUAAAUACUGGAAGCAAAGAUCUACCAAGGGAUAUAUUGUGGCUAACUCCUAAUGAACAUACUUUUAUUUCUUGUACUUUUUUUAUUUUAGCAUCCUAAAUUAUUUUUCUCAUCUGUCCUAAGAUAUUUAGAAACCUUUUGGUUGUAAACAGAAAUGAAGCUGCUGUUUUGAUGCUUGUUGAAGGAAAUCUAAUGCAAGUUUCUAUAAUAGCAAAAAUAUAAUAAUUGUAAUUUUUUUAAUGUUACCUCUAAUUUUACCACUGAAACUUGAUGCAGAAAAGUAACUUUAACUGUAAAUUUAAGUUAUCAGCUACUAUCUUAUUUAGGUUUUAUAGCAAUGGGAGCAUGUGUGCAUAUUUUAUAAAGUAUAUUGAUUUUUUUAAAAAAAUAUGAUUAAAUGAAAAACAGAAAGAUGGGAAGAGAGAGACUUUGAGAGUGAUUAUAAAAAAGGCAGAUUUCUUUUUAAAAAAUUAAAGGAAAUUAAUCUUCCAAAGAAAGAAAAUUACAUAGUGAACCUCCAGAUAAGUUAUAAUUCUAAUUUUUCACUUCUUCGGUACCAAAACCUUAUUUUAUGUUUAUACUUGUUAAUGCUUAUGUUUUAAAUAUGUCUGAUUUUCUGUAAUUUUGGA